AUGCAGGCAAUGCAGGACGAGUUGAGGACAUUGAGGCAGGCUGCCUCUGCUGCUAGUGCCCCUACGGGCGCUGCUUCUGGCACUGCUCCUAUUGCAGAUGGUCCUGUCAGCGGUGUUUAUCUCAUGCAGUGGGUUGGCAUGAAGCUAGACAGUUUUGAUGGCAGUGGUACUCCAGUUCAUGCUCCUGAUUGGCUGUCGUAUGUGGAGGACAAGAUGGAGGCUUUUGAUGUGUUGGCUCACGAUCGUGUUUGUUAUGGGGUACAACUAUUGAAAGGGGAAGCUCAGAUAUGGUGGAAGGGUGUGCGGUUAGCUCGCACGGCUGCACAUGGCCCGUUGUCCUGGCACGAGUUUGUCAGGAAGUUUGAGAGGAGGUUCUACCCGGUGACUUUCCUGGAUAGGAUGAAGAUUGAUCUGAAUGCCUAUACGCAGGAUAAGAAGUCAGUUGUAGAGUAUGAAGUGGGCUUCAAUCAGAUUGUCCGCUUCGUUCCACACGUGGCACAUGACAAGGUAGAGAAGGCAAAACACUUUCGUCAAGGUCUUAAGCAUUCGAUCCGCCAAGUGUUGGGUGCUUUUCCAGUGGUUGACUUCCGCACUACAGUGGAACAGGCUUUCGGUGUGGAGAUGCAGCAGGGGUACACUGCUGACUUGCAGAAGUCUUCAGGUGGUGAGCAGUCUUGCGGUUAG